AUGUCCACGCGGAGGAAGAAACCCGACGGUGCCUAUCCCCCCGAGGCGGAUAACCAACUCCAACGGGCGGCAGCCGAAUACUCCACAAUUACCACCAACUACCAUGAGGACCUGCUACACGACCUAUUCCAGGUCGUGCGAUCCACAGACCCCGACCAUGCCCCGGCUCUGCUGGAGAUGAUCCGCAACCAUGCCUCCCUGGAAGAGGUGCGCGCCUACCUCGAUCGCGCCUUGACCGAGGCCCGGGCCAACGCGUCCGAUCGAGACACUGUCGACCGUCUGGAGGGCCUCCGACGGGGCAUCGAGGUCGAAAGUGAGCCCCCGCGGUUUCGCCCGCAGAUCAUGGACAUCCGCUAUCUGUGCGGCAGUGCCCCCUUCCGCGUCCCUGCCAAACCAUGGACCUCGGUCACGGACGACGAUGACUUGGUCUCCCACUUGGUCUCUCUCUACCUGAUCUGGGACUACCCCUUCUUCGCCUUUUUCGACAACCGGACAUUUAUCAAGCAUAUGGCCAUGGGGCUGGUCGAGUCGGACUUUUGCAGCGCCUUCCUGGUCAACGCCCUGCUGGCCAAUGCAUGCUACUAUUCACAAUAUACCGAAGCCUAUACUAUCCCAGGGGAUGUCCGCACCAAAGGCGCCGACUUCCUAGCCGAGGCGGAGCGCCACCUGCAAUCCCACCAGUUUGAGAAGGGGGGCGAUAUCCGUCUGGCGUCCUUGCAAGCACAUCUGCUGCUGUAUGAGAGAUACUCCCUGUCCGGUCACGAUGAUUGGGGAUACACCAUGCUGCAUCGUGCGAUCGAGAUGGCCGAAUCGCUGGGCAUUGUGAAUAAGCCCAACUUACGUCUCAGCGCUUCGCAGAUGUCGGAAGAUAUGAUCGUCUCGAUCAAGCGCACCGCAUGGGGCCUGUUUCAGGUCGAUACGGUUGUGCAUACCAACUUCCUCCGACCGAGCCGCGUGAGCUCCGUGAGCGUGGAACGCAUCGAUCGGAACGACACGGCCUUGAGUGACAUGUGGACACCGUACCCGGUCUCGAAUGUCUCUCGGCCGUCAUACCUGAGCCUAUACUUCGAUGAAGCCUGCAAGCUCUCCUUCAUUGCGCGCGACAUCUCCUGGAACUUGUCUCGGACGGACACGGCGGGGAUCGAUCCGGAUCAGCGCAAGCAGGAUCUAUAUGAUCAGCUGUGCGAAUGGGAGGGAAACCUCCCCGACACCUUCGAUCCGACGGGGCAACCUGCCCCGCAUCUGCUGUUACUAAGAAUGCGCUAUCAUACGCUGGUUAUCAAUAUUUGCUACGACCGGUACGGGGUCCAUCCCGUCUUGUCGGAAUCCGACGAGCGCACCCCUCCACAUAGCAAGGGAUUCAGUGCCAUGGAUAUUGCCGUGUCGUCGGCGCGGGCUAUUGCCACACUCGUCCAAGCACUGCGGACAGAGUACGGAAUGGAACACGCCCAUCAGUUCGCCAUGUACGCCAUCAAUCUCGCGCUGUUCACCCUUAUUGACCAGGAUAGCUUUGACAUCCUCGACCGGGACUUCUUGACGCUGACCAGCGCCAUGUCCAUCAUUGCCUGUCGCUCCCAGCUUGGAAGGAGUGUAUUCCACCUCUUCAAGUUGUCGGUGCGGUCACGCAACCAGGGGCACCGAGUGCAGCAGUCGGAGGCAGUGCCACCGGGAAUCAAGGAACUGUUCCAGCAGGGCUCGCAGUCAAAGACCCCCGACCGGUGGGAUCGUUACGCGGAAGACCUGACCAAGGCUGACGGCGAGAGCAGCUAUUUCGACACCAUCCAAGAUGAAUCGCAAUCGUCAGCCAUCCCGGGGCUUCACGAGAUGCUAGAGCAAUACGAAAGGUUGAGCGUGGGGAAAGAGGAGGAGUGGUGCGACCGUAAACGGAGGGAAGAAUCGGCCUUUUGA